AUGGCUGUCCUACCCGCUCAGUCGGCAUUGUUGGAAAGACUCCCACAGCAAAAAACGAACGACUGGCGUGACGCAUUCCAUGCAAACGGCUACGUCGUGAUCAAGAGCGCGAUUCCACAAGACCGCGCAAGAGCGUAUCAACAAGAAGCCUUCAAAUGGCUUAAAUCCUUCGGCACGGAGCUCGACAUCGAAAGUCCCGAUACGUGGACGAAGCAGAACCUGCCAAUCCAAUCUAAGAUAAACACAUUUCAUAAUUAUGCAGUGAUGCAUGAGAAAUUCGUCUGGGAAGCCCGACAAGAGCCGGGGGUUCUUGAGGCAUUCUCCAAGCUUUGGGGAACCAAUGAACUAUUGGUCAGCUUUGACAGUUUGAAUGUCACAUUCCCCAAUCGCAAGGAUGUGCCGCGGAAGGCUGCCUGGCAGCAUGUUGACCAGAGCCCCUUCCGCAACGGCUUGCACUGUGUCCAGGGCAUCAUCAAUCUGUCUCAUGCCGGAUCGGAAGAUGGAGGCUUGAUGGUAUAUCCUGGAUCUCACAAAUUGUUUGAAAGGUUCUUCGAAACUCAAACUGAGAAAUCCACUUGGAGUAAGAAAGAUCUAUACUUGUUCAGCGACGCACAGCUGGAAUGGUACGGGAUUCAGCCUCACAAGGUCUGCGCGGAGCCCGGUGAUCUCAUCUUGUGGGAUAGCCGCCUUAUUCACUAUGGAGCUGAGCCAACGGAGAAGAGUGAUGUGAUUCGCACCGUUAUCUAUGCUUCUUAUACACCGGCUAGUCUUGCUUCUAAGGAGGCUCUAGAGACUAAGGCUGAGAUUUUCAAGCAGUGGGGUGGAACUACUCAUUGGCCGCAUGACAAUAUUGUUCCUAGAGAGAAAAGGGCAUUUAGAGAAGAUGGCACUCCCGAUCCUAAAAAUCGCGAGGAGCCGUUGAACAAGCCUGAGAUAACUGACCAAUUGCUGAAACUGGCGGGGGUGCUGGCAUAUUAA